UGGAGCAUUUGGCAAUAAGGGCAAUAACUGAUGUAUUGCGUUUAUCAAUUUAUGAAUGCAGUGAUUUCCCUAACAAAACGCUGAAGAAUAAAAAAAUAGAUUUUUAUCGUUUUAUUUAAUUAAUUCAAUUAUAAAAUCGGUACAAUAACAAAUGACUCGCCACUCUAAGAACUGCACUGCAGGGAAUGUGUAUUCCAAUCAUGAACGCAAGAAGGACAUGUUACAGUCGGGUUAUGGGUCGGAAAAAAUAAGGCUUGGAAAGGACUCAGCAAGAGAGUUUGAUUGCUGUUGCUUAACACUUCAACCGUGCAGAAACCCUGUUGUCACGAAAGAUGGUUACCUGUAUGACAAAGAAGCCCUCAUCACAUACAUUCUUCAGAAGAAAAAAGAAAUUGCAAGAAAACUGAAGGAAUAUGAAAAACAAAAAGAAAAGCAAAAGGCAGAGGCUAAAGAGAUAAAAGCCCUCGAGGAGCAGGAAAAAGUCCGCAGUUUCUCAAGUCACACCCUGCAGGCCCCAUCUGUGAAACAAGGUACUAGUGGAGCAGGGAAGUCGGCAUCAAUAUCAAACAUGAAGGAGGGAACUGAUAAGACCCUGCCUAGCUUCUGGGUACCAGCACUCACACCAGAUGCUAAACCAAAACUGGAAGAUAAGCCAGAUGAGAAGGUUCGAUGUCCAAUGAGCGGCAAGCCAAUCAAGCUGAAGGAUAUGAUCGAUGUCAACUUCACCCAUAUCAAAGAUGGUGACAGUAAAACAGCACUUAUCAGCAAACAGAACCGCUAUGUAUGUGCUGUCACUAAUGACAUCUUGGGUAAUUCAGUGCCCGCUGCUGUUUUAAGAACAUCAGGCUGCGUGGUGACCUUGGACUGCGUAGAAAAGCUGAUCAAGAAGGACAUGUUGGACCCCAUCAAUGGCAAGAAGAUGACAGAAAAGGAUAUUAUACCUCUGCAGAGGGGAGCAUCAGGAUUUUCAGGUUCAGGAUUGUCCCUGGAGGCCAAGAAAGAGGGAGCAGCUAUGCAAGCCUGAAUAUGGACUCUGAGCUGGGAUGCAAGCAUUAACCUAUUUAUGCCUAGUGGACUCUCCCAUCCUUCUAAAUUGGAUCAAUUUAUUUCCAAAAUUAAGGAUUUCUAAUAUAUUUAUAUCUAUACACAUUAGGAUAUUUCUUACAGAAAUUCCUUUAAGCAAACAGUGCAGACCCUGAUCAGACGCUGCAUCAUGCAGCGUCUCAUCUGGUUCUACGCUGUUUGCCAAGGCCUUUUUUCUAGAUGCUAGGCAUAAAUGGGUUAAUAUGGACCAUAGUUGGAAUGGAAGCCUUAAUGAUUACAAACAUUGUAACAGAGAUAGUUAAGCCAUUUGUUGAAGGCCAUCAAAUAAAUCGAUUAAAUAUGACUUGUAUGUGCAUAUGUUAACCCUUUCAGUGCGGGAACCGGAUUUUGAAGGCCUUUGCAAACAGUUUGGAUCCAGAUAAGACGCCACAGAACGUGGCGUCUCAUCAGGAUCCAAACUGUUUGCUAUUCUGAUAGUGUUCUUUGAAAAAAAUCGAAGAAAAUGCUAAUUUUAGAAAUUCAGCAGAAGACAUUUUAGCAGACGACAAAUUUCCCAGCAUGCAAAGGGUUAAUUUGCUGAAGACUGUUUUAUAAGACAUACAUUAUUGACUUGUCACUUUGAAACAGUUAUUAGGAUUCUGCUAAGAACAAUUAUAGUCUUGCAUAUUUCAUUUUUUAAAAAUCAAUCCACUGCUCGUGUAUUAUAAUGUUUUCAUGUGAAGUAAUAAAGUUUCAACUGUG